UAAUCCGUAAGCGAACUAUAUACAUAAAGAUUCAAUUCUUCCCAGUGAACCAAAGUUUUCAUUUCCCAUUUAAUUUUUAUUUAACAGAAUUUGUGGGCUAUCCAUAUGGUAAUUAUCAAAAAGUGGCUGAACUCAAGAAUAAAAUAAUCUCUGAUACGGAUAAACAAGACAUUGAAGACACUAACAAACAAUAUGCUAUCUUUUCGCAGUCAAUAGGAUAUGAAAAAUAUAUGGAGGAAACAAUUUUGAGAAAACAGAUUAACGAAUUCGCACUUAGAAUGGAUAUAAGACAAAAUAUAAUAGAUAUAGUCUUUAAGAGGAUUAAUGAACAUCAUUUUAAAUAUCAAAUAAAAGAGGAAGCAAAUGAUAAUAAGAAUGAAAUUACAACAAAUACAUCAACUCAACAUGGAUAUCUUAACUAUCAUACGGUUAUAGUUGACUUGAUCCCAAAAAUUUUAGCGAACCUUUUACCCUGCUGCUUGAGGCUCAACAUGCUAACUCCUGCCAUGUGUGGGUAG